CGGAAGUGACAAAAUAAAGUAAACAGAGGAGCUGCAAGUGGAUACAGAAAUUAGGAUAAUUGCGACUAAAGGGAGCGAUUUAAAAAAUACAUUGCGCUUUGUUUACAUACUAAGUGACAUUUGUACGCGAAACUGGUGCGAAGUCAAACAAAGGUUCACAGCGACAGGAUUGACACUUUCCUGUAAUGUUCACAGACAUGGAUUAUGAAUUGGAGGAGGACAAACUGGGGAUACCAACAGUACCUGGUACUGUGUGUUUGAAGAAAGAUGCCAAUAACCUUAUUGGCAUCAGCAUUGGUGGUGGGGCACAGUACUGCCCUUGUCUCUACAUUGUUCAGGUCUUUGAUAACACACCAGCAGCUCUGGAUGGGACACUGGCAGCAGGGGAUGAAAUCACAGGCGUGAACGGGAAACCAGUGAAGGGAAAGACCAAAGUGGAGGUGGCAAAGAUGAUUCAAGCUGUGCAGGAAGAAGCAGUAAUCCACUACAACAAACUGCAGGCGGACCCCAAACAGGGGAAGUCGCUGGAUAUAGUGCUGAAAAAAGUCAAACAUCGCCUGGUAGAGAAUAUGAGCUCAGGCACAGCAGAUGCUCUUGGACUCAGUAGGGCUAUUCUAUGCAACGAUGGACUGGUCAAGAGACUGGAGGAGCUGGAGAAAACAGCAGAGCUCUACAAAGGGCUGAUGGAGCACACGAAGAGACUGCUCAGAGCUUUCUUUGAGCUUUCUCAAACUCACAGAGCGUUUGGUGACGUCUUCUCGGUCAUCGGGGUGCGAGAGCCUCAAGCUGCAGCCAGCGAGGCUUUUGUGAAAUUUGCUGACGCUCACCGCAACAUUGAGAAAUACGGUAUUCAGCUGCUAAAGACAAUCAAACCUAUGCUCCACGAUCUGAACACGUACCUUCACAAGGCCAUACCCGACACGAAGCUCACCAUCCGCAAGUACCUGGAUGUGAAGUUUGAAUAUCUGUCAUACUGCCUGAAGGUGAAGGAGAUGGAUGAUGAAGAAUACAGCAGUAUUGCCAUGGGAGAGCCCCUGUACCGGGUCAGCACCGGUAACUAUGAAUACCGUUUGGUGCUGCGGUGUCGGCAGGAGGCUCGCGCCCGCUUUGCCAAAAUGAGGAAGGACGUUCUGGAGAAGAUAGAGCUGCUGGACCAGAAACACGUCCAGGACAUUGUGUUCCAGCUGCAGCGCUUCGUCUCAGGCAUGUCCCAUUACUACGACGAGUGCUACGCCGUCCUGAAGGAGGCGGAUGUCUUCCCCAUUGAAGUGGACCUCUCCCGCACCACCAUCAACUACGGCAGCCAGUCGUUGUCCUACGCCGGGGAUGAUGAUGAGGAGGAGGGGGAGGGAGGAGAGGAAGGAGGGAGCGGCACAGAGAGACGAGCAGAGAAUGGCGCUGAGAAACUGAUCGAUGACGAAUGACAGUGAGCGAGCUAGCGUGUGUGUGUGUGUGUGUGUGUGUGUGUGUGUGUGUGUGUGUGUGUGCGUGCGCGUGUGCGUGUUGUGUGAGAUGAAGUCCACCCCUCUAACAUAACUGUUCUUCACUUGCAUCUAAUGUCAAUGCACUCACCAAGCAGCGGUCUUUGCAGUGGAGUAAAGCAGUUUAAAUGGUGAAUACUACUAAAGGUUGCUGCUAUAAUGCUGUAUGUUCGUGUUUUCGUGGUGUUUCUGUCUUUUUGGAUACUCUAAAAUCAACAGCUUUGUGAUUAUUUCACCAUACUUCUGACUGUCGGCUCAAUCUGAACGCUAUGGAGGGGUUUUGAUGUGGCAGAACAGGAUUUGUGUGAUCGUGAGGUGAUGAGAUUAUGAGGUGUGCCUUCUUAGCUCUUAAUGAAGCCUGGUGGGCCGGGGCUGCGUGUCAAUGUGCAUAUUGUGGAUUGUUAAAGUUAUAUCUUGAUAUUAACUUUUGUUUUUUGUUAUUUUCUUUGCUACAAACUUGUCAUUUUUUGGACAGGGAUUUAUUCAGCCACCAAAAAUGAUAUUUUGUGGUGAAUGUUAAGUGACACUUUCUCCUCAGCUUAACAAACAUGACAAAUGACACUACUGGAUACAACAUCUGACGGUAUUGCUGAAGAUGAAGACUGAAUGAAGUUUGUUACAUGAAGCUGUUACAUUCCUUUGUCCUCUUUUCUUUUCUAUUCUUCUGAGCACAUCUUUAGUUGUUUCACAAGGGAGAGUCUGCAAUUUGUGUCGAGCUCUGAAAAGCUUCACAACCAAAGUCUAUUUUUUAAUCUGUUUCACCUGCUUUUACUGCACGUUUCAAGUCAAAAUGUGUUUAUUUUUUUUCUAACUCUCUUGCAACACACCUCAAUUGCUCUCCUCGUCAACAGCACGUUUGUUUUCUUUCAUUCCACCAAUGGUAGUGUUUCUGUUGAGGAGGAGAAAGGUAAUGGACUCACAGAGCUUUACCGCUGUGUGGAAGUCAUAGAUGAUGAAACACUACAUGUAAAUAACUGUGUACAAAGGGAAAGGGUGUAUCAACUGUUUUAUUUGUUAUUGUCAUUUCCACUUUAUUUAUUCUUUUUGUCAAUAUAUAUUUAAAAGCUUUUAAUUAGAAGAUUGGAUUCUAUUUUAUAGUCAAUAUAAUUCUCUUCUGUGGCUUCUCGUUGCCUUCAGGGGAUAAGAUGAUUUUGUGCAUUGUCAUGAUUUACUAUUGGGAACACUAGGGGGAGGCACCACACUGUCCUGCAGUCAUCAACGACUACACUAUGUGUUGAAUUAAAAAAAACAUAUCGUU